AUGUUUACUCAAGUUCUCUACGGCCUGGCUGCCGUCGCGUUAUGGCAGGGCCAAGUCGCUGCCUCCCCAAGCAAGGACAACUCCCUCGAGAAGUUCAUCACCAAACAAGCCGACAUCUCCAUCAAGGGUGUUCUCGCCAAUAUUGGCUCCGAUGGUAAACGAGCACAAGGUGCAGCGCCUGGUGCCGUUGUCGCAAGUCCAUCGCGACAGGACCCUGAUUACUGGUACACGUGGACUCGCGACUCAGCUUUGACAUACAAAGUCCUCGUCGAGCGCCUCAUCCACGGCGAUAAAUCCCUCCAGCGCAAAAUAGACGAAUACGUCUCCGCCCAAGCCAAACUCCAGAAAACCACAAACCCAUCCGGUAGUCCAGAGUCAGGCGGUCUCGGCGAGCCAAAGUUCCACGUGAACCUCACCGCUUUCACCGGAUCCUGGGGUCGUCCUCAGCGUGACGGUCCUCCUCUUCGCGCUACAGCCUUGACCCUCUACGCAGAGUGGCUCAUCUCCAACGGAGACAAGUCCAAAGCCGUGAACAAGGUCUGGCCAGUGAUUGAGAAAGAUCUUGCGUAUACUACCAAGUUCUGGAAUCGCACUGGGUAUGAUCUUUGGGAGGAGGUUAACGGAUCUUCGUUCUUUACGCUUUCCGCUUCGCAUCGGGCUCUUGUUGAGGGAGCGGCUUUGGCGAAGAAGUUGGGCAAGUCGUGUCCUGAUUGUGCUGCCAAUGCUCCUCGCGUUCUUUGCUUCAUGCAGAGCUUUUGGACGGGUGGUUACAUUGACUCGAAUAUAAAUGUGAAGGAUGGUCGCAAGGGUCUGGAUGCUAAUUCCAUCCUUUCAUCGAUUCAUACAUUUGAUCCCAACUCCAAGUGCACCGACUCGACAUUCCAGCCUUGCUCGUCGCGAGCGCUGGCCAACCAUAAAGCUGUCGUGGACUCUUUCAGGUCCAUCUAUGGUGUUAACAAGAACAGAGGUAAAGGCAAAGCCGCGGCUGUUGGUCGAUACAGUGAGGAUGUGUACUACGACGGCAACCCUUGGUACCUGGCCACCCUUGCUGCCGCUGAACAAUUAUACGCUGCUCUCUACCAAUGGAAUAAGGUUGGGGCGCUCACAAUUGACGAUGCCUCCUUGUCUUUCUUCCGCGACCUUGUGCCUAAGGUAUCCAAGGGCACUUACAAGAAGAACAGCAAGAUAUACAAGGAGAUUGUCAAGGCUGUCAAGGCCUACGCUGACGGAUUCGUCGCUGUUGUCCAAACCUACACUCCUAAGGAUGGUUCACUAGCCGAGCAAUUUGACAGAGCCACUGGCACUCCCAAAUCAGCGGUUCAUCUCACCUGGUCCUACGCGUCCUUCGUCGGCGCAACUGAGCGUCGCUCCAGCAUCGUCUCUCCCUCUUGGGGCGAGACCUCCGCCAACAAGGUCCCCGCGGUAUGCGAAGCAGCGCCCGCCUGCGACACAACAAUAACCUUCAGCGUCAAAAAUGUGGAAGUGUCUUCUGACCAAAAGGUUUACGUUGUCGGCGGUGUGACUGAACUUUCCAACUGGUCACCUGAUGAGGGCAUCCCACUGACGGAGGGUUCCAAGGGAGUGUGGAGUGCCAAGGUUAAUAUUCCUUCUGAUACGAGCUUUGAGUACAAGUAUAUUAAGAAGACGAGUGGUGGGGAUGUUACGUGGUUGAGUGAUCCGAAUAAUCGGGCUGUUACUGGUACCCAAGUUAAUGUCGGAGGCCCUGUGAACGCCAAGAACGCCAUCAAGUGGACGUUAGCUGCCGUUGGCAUUGUUAUCGCCCUCAUCUUGGCCAUUUGCCUCUGCGCUGGGGGAAAGAAGAAGAAGAAGGAAGGGGACGAGGACGAGGAGGAUUCAACGCCAGACAACCCGUGGGUUUGA